AUGGGAAAUCCUGUAAUAAAUGGAAAGCUGGAAGUUUGCAUCGAUAGCUUAGAAUCAGCGGCUAAUGCUAUUCGUGGCGGAGCCCAUGAGCUCGAAAUUUGCAGUUCUCUUGUUGAAGGAGGACUGACUCCAUCUCCUGGUCUAGUUACAGAAAUAUUAAAUAUAGUAAAAACAAUGGACUCUACUCAGGAUAGAAAUGUGAAAUUAAAUAUAAUGAUUCGUUGUAGAGGUGGACCUGAUUUCUGUUAUACGGAUGAAGAAAUGAAAACAAUGAUCUCUGAUGUCAAAAUUUACAAAAGUAUGGGUGUUGAUAGAUUUGUAUUUGGUGCUCUGACAGAUAAGCAAGAAGUUGAUGUAGAAAAAUGUACAGCAAUUAUUCAAGCUGCCAGUCCCAUUCCAGUAACAUUUCAUAGAGCUUUUGAUGUAUCUUCCAAUCCUUGGGAUACUAUGUCAAAAAUUGUAGAUCUUGGAUUUAACAGGGUCCUUACAAGUGGUCAAAAAAUUUCAGCAGCUGAUUGUGAUGCAAUAGAACUUUUAAAAGAGUUACAAGUUAAAUUUGGAGGUAUAAUAGAGAUUAUGCCCGGUUCAGGUGUAUGUGUGAAGAACGCUAAGACUUUUCUUGAUAUAGGAUUCAAAAUGCUUCAUAGUUCUUGUAAAAGAGAUAAAGAUAGAGUAAAGAUUGCAAAUGACUUGGGUAUGGGGUCUAAGGAAAGCUUUGUGACAGAAGCAAAAACUGUUAAGUCUAUGGUUGAGAUUAUUAAACCAAUCUAA